GUAGAUUUACACUCUGUAUUUAGGUUGAAGACAUGAAAAUAAACUAUGCGUCACAGUCUGCGUCGGGUAUAAAAAGCUGCAAUGUUUCUUUGUCGAUCACAACUCUGAACCGGACCUUCCUGCUUCAGCUUCACUUUAUACCUAAGAAUGGACUUCCAAAUGUUUGCCCUGGUAAUGUUGCUCCUCGCUAGUGUGGAGCAGAGCCUGGCCGACUGUGUGGUGGACAGCUUCACGGUCAAGCAAGACUUUGACCCCCAAAGAUAUGCAGGGAAGUGGUACGCCCUGCAGAAGAAGGAUCCUGAGGGCUUGUUCCUGCAGGACAACAUCUCUGCUGAGUACACUGUUGGAGAUGAUGGCGCUAUGGUGGCUUCAUCCAGGGGCAGAGUCACUCUGUUUGGUUUCUGGGUGGUGUGUGCUGACAUGGCAGCUCAGUACACAGUGCCUGACCCCGGAAACCCAGGAAAGAUGUUCAUGAACUACCAGGGACUGGCCAGCUAUCUGUCCAGUGGAGGUGACAACUACUGGGUCAUCGACACAGACUACGACAACUACGCCAUCACUUAUGCCUGCCGCACCCUGAAGGAGGACGGAAGCUGCGAAGACGGCUAUGCCCUGGUCUUCUCACGUAACCCCCGUGGCCUGUCACCUCCUAUUCAGAGAAUCGUGCGCCAAAAACAGGAGGAAAUCUGCAUGGCAGGACAGUUCCAGCCUGUGCUGCAGUCCGGAGCUUGCUAAACUCCAACCAGGCUCAUAGCAGGGAGGAAGUCAACACUCCAGAUUCAACUGUAACACCUAAAAUUCUGUUUUAUGACAGACCAUGCAUUAAUUUCAUGUUUGCCAAGGUGUAAAUGCUACAGCAUUUCAAGGCCAAUUCUACUACUACCAGUUAUUUAUCUACUCUGACUAGAAUGAAUGUUUUAAAUGUAGAAAAAUCCCCUUCUAAACAGCAUUAUCAUUGUCACGUUGAUGGGCAACAUCUGUAUUGUUUAUUCAUUCUGGACAAGUGGCAAUAAAUUUUGUAAGGAAA